UUCGGAAAUAUACUGGUAGUGAUAAUUGUUUCAAAAAGCCGAAAAAUGCGUUCUCCUACCAAUUGUUAUUUAAUUAGUUUAGCCGUAGCGGAUAUUUUGGUGCUUUUUUCCGCCACUUUGCCUGCUAUUCCCGAACCAUUCUUUGAGAUGCAACAAUGGCCAUGGGGAAGAGCAAUGUGUUCUAUCUUAGUUUUUCUGCAAUAUCUAGGAGUUGAUGCCUCAUCACUGUCCAUAACAGCGUUUACAAUAGAACGAUACAUAGCAAUAUGCCAUCCUAUGACGGCACAACGGAUGUGCACUAUACGAAGGGCCAAGAAAAUUAUUUGUGGUAUUUGGAUAUUUUCUAUCUUAUAUUGUUCUCCGUGGCUAGGUCUUACAAUUAUUAGAAAGGCUGGAGACAAAAGCAUCUGCACUUUCCGACUAGAAAGAGAGCAUUAUAAUGUUUACUAUUUAGCGGAUCUAAUUGUGUUUUAUGCAAUUCCGUUGUGCAUUGCUGCUGUUCUGUAUGCCUUAAUUGCAAGAAUAUUAUUUGGAACUACUAUAGCCUCAGUACGAGGGGGACAACAUCGAGACGCAUCGCAUACUCGAUCGGCAACAAGUUCCAGGAAACAGCAAUCUAUGUAA